GGGCCCUCCUCAGACUCAGCACAUGAAGCUGGCUUCAAAGAAAAGGACUCAGAAACAGAGGGAAGACACAGUGAACUUCCUUAGAAGUCGCCACAUCUUGUUGAAGAGCCAGCAGUCACCACCCUAGUGAACAGACCAGAGUCCAAACACAGAGGACAAUGAGUCUCCUGAAGGAACGAAAACCAAAAAAGCCACACUACAUCCCUCGACCCCCAGGAAAACCUUUCAAGUACAAAUGUUUCCAGUGUCCCUUCACAUGCAAUGAGAAGUCACACCUCUUCAAUCACAUGAAGUAUGGUCUCUGUAAGAACUCCAUCACUUUAGUGUCAGAGCAAGAUCGUGUGCCCAAGUGCCCCAAGUCUAACUCGCUGGACCCUAAGCAGACCCACCAGCCAGAGCCCACCACAAAGCUGGCCUCUAGCAAGUCCCUCACACACGGACUCUCCAGCUUUGAGCCAAAGCCCCCACAGGGCUUCAGCAAGGAAGACACCAAGGAGAACCUGGAACUUGGGGCUCGGGGAGCCCACAAGUGUCUGCAGAAGGACAAGGCUCCUGACACUGUGCUCAGCACCCAGCCCAGCCUGGACAGUGGGGCUCGGCCUUCAGCGUUUGUUCCAGUUGGAGAACACAGACUUAGGGGGCCAGAAGACACAGAGGCUCCUGAAGUGCUGGCACUAACCAACCCUACCACCAAAGCCAGCUCUUUCCACACCAAGUCUGCGUUUCACACGCCUAGCUACCCCUGGAAAGCUGGUUCCCCCUUCCUCCCACCUGAGUUCCCACAUAAAAUCCCAUCUACAAAGGGGUUCAGUGCCAUCCCCCCCUAUGUGCACCCAGCCAUCCCAGAAUACCCCCCUCCCUUCUACACAGAGCACGGGCUGGCUGCCAUCUACUCCCCCUACCUGCUAGCUGGGAACACACCUGAGUGUGACACCGCCCUGCUUCCUGUCUACGGGCCCCAUGACCAGAGACACUUCCUGCCUCACCCAGGGCCCAUCCCCAAACACUUGAAUCCCCCUCCAUCAACCUAUGAGCACUACAGACUGCUUCAGCAGUACCACUCCAACCUACCAAUUCCUUACGGAUUUUAUAGGCCAGAGUCUGCAUUCUCCUCCUAUGGUCUCAGGCUCCCACCUGUCACUGGCAUCGCACGAGAUCAGAGCGCUCGUCUGUUUGAAGAAGCUACACUGGCCUACCCAUCUUCAAGUCCUUCUGAGUUAAACCUUUCAAAUCCACACAAAAAGCCCACAGACUUUGAGAAGGAAAGUUCCACUUCCAAGGCAAAAGACACUUCCAAAGAUGGGCAGAGGGACACGGAAGGGGCCAAAAUGAGCCCCCGUGCAGGUAGUGCAGCCACGGGUUCCCCAGGAAGGCCAAGCCCCACCAACUUCACACAGACAAGUCAGAUGUGCGAAGGGCUGUGUGACCUCUCAACCAAAGCUCCCCCCACAGGGACCCUGGGGGGACUUCCACAGCCAGAGCAAUGCCCCACAGCCUUCAAACCUAUCCUGAAGAGUGAAGAACACCCUCCUUCCCGGCCUCCCACAAAUAAGGCAGAGUCUCCACAAAGCCUCCUCCAAGCCACGGACAGAGACUCUCCCCAUGCAGAGGCCCCGCCCAGCAGCCCAGAGGAUGGUUCCAGGAUAAGCCCCCUCAACCUCUCCAAAAAGUCAGAGGCAACAACACCUAUAGCCUCUCAUGGACCCAUGUACACAGGCAGUGCCCAGGUAGACAACCUGGGCUUCCCAGAACUGCAGGACCUGCCCCUCAAUCUCUCCGUGAAGGACCCCUGCAACACGUGGGCUCCGAGGCCCGCCCUCUGCAGCCCACUGCAAGGGACAGCAGCUGCUGCCACUGCCGCUCUUCCAAAGCCUGGGGAAGAGCCGAGCCAGGCAGAGGCCCGGCAGGAGGAGGCCCCCAGCGAGAUGACCCCGGGUGCACCUGUAGUAGACAGCAGUGAGGAGCAGAAGCAAACUGCAGCCGUGGCCCUCUGUCAACUGGCGGCCUACAGCCCAGGGAAUAUCGGGGUGGGCUGUGGGGAGGCCACAGCCCAGGAAUCUGCCUGCCAAGACAUGCCCACUCUGAGUUCCACAGAGAGCCAGGGGACUCAGUGUGAGCCCAAGCCCAAAGGUCAAAAGAGGACAAGUCUAAGGGAUACAGGAAAAGCCCAGGCAGGAGCUAAGAAGCCCAAGCCAAAUGACGCAGCCCCAAGAGUGCUCACUCUGCGCAGAAGGACCCGGGUGUCCUGAGGCUGCCCACAAACACCCUCACCCCGGGGCUCAAGCAGCACCCUCUCCUUUUAUUUUUGUCAGACAGGGUCUUGCUGUGCUGCCCAACCUGGCCCCAAACUCAAAAGCACUAGAAGAGGUAUGUGCCUAACUGAACCUUCGCUUUUCACCCAAUUCUUACAAGUGCAGUUAGGAAGGAAGGAAGAAGGAAGGAGAGAGGGAGGGAGAAGGGAAGGUGGACGGGAGGGAGGGAGGGAGGAA